CGGUGAGUACCUGUCGUGUCGAAGAGGCAAUCAUACUCACAGUUCACAGUUUUGAACUGUGAGACCUAGCGCCAGUCUCGUGUCAUUUUUCAAUGGAAACGCUUGCCCAAGUGCCGGAUAUCGAUUUUAGCCAUGGUGGAAAACUGCAUCAGCUACGUUCCUACGACCGAGGAAUACUUUUCCGAAUACUCAACGGUAUUGAUUGUGCUGCUGGUGGUCUCCACGGGCCUUUGGGCGCUGGUUUGCGGUUUAUAUUACCAAAUAGUCAGGAUCAUCUUCGAUAGAUAUGCCCGGCUGUGUCAAUUCGAGUUAAUCAUCGCCAAUGGAAUUUACGCG